UACACUUUGUGCAUCUGAAUCUGUCUGUGCUUGAUUUGAAGCAUUUCCUUCAUACAAUUGUAUACAAUUGUUCAUCCAUAUUCCACAUUUAAUAAAACCGGUCAAAAGAAUCAAUAGACAAUGACCACUUCAAAGAAAAUGUUGACACGUGAAGAGGAGCUUUUGCUCCAGGAUUUUUCCCGUAAAAUCAGCCGAAAAGCAAUGAUAAUGUUUUAUGGCAUUGCAUUGGUUGUAUCAAUUGUGCCACUUUGGUUAUAUCUUCGAAUCUAUCAAUUGGAAUUGGAAUCCUAUUGGAUUUUAUUUAUCAUUGGAUCAUUAGUCAAUACAUGGCUUGUAGCAUUUGGCUAUAAUAAUGUAAAAUUUGUAUUGAAACAUAAAAUUGCUCAGAAACGUGAAGAUGCUGUCGCUAAAGAAGUGCUACAAUCACUUUCUGGCCAACAACAAAGCAUGAACAAAAAGGAAAAAGAUGAACGAAUAUUAUGGAAGAAAAAUGUGGUAGCCGAUUUUGAGGCAACAACUUAUUCAAUUUUCUACAACAAUGCCAUCUUCUAUACAAUGGUCAUUCUUGGUUCAUUUUAUGUUUUCCGUUCGUUUAGUCCGACAUUGAAUUAUUUGCUUUCUGUCGUUGGUUCUGGUGCUGUGGUCGCAUUAUUGUCUACGGGAUCCAAAUAAAUUUCUGAGAAAUUGAUUGUAUUCUAUACAUUUUUUUUAAAUUUACUUUAAAAAACAUGAAUAAAUUUCAAUGAUGAUUUAUCACUCAA